AUCACAUCCUCGAUUCAUUAAUUAUUCCAGUCGGCCGUACGCAGUGUGUAGUAGUGAGUCCAUCGAGUUUACCCCACAUCCAUCAACUGCAACGUCAUUUCGGAAAUAAUCCAAAAGGAGAACAAUUUAUCGUUCACCAGACAUCAGACAAAAUGACGGAGCCAAUCAAUGUUGUGGUGACCGGUGCAGCAGGUCAGAUAGCCUACUCCCUGCUAUAUCAACUGGCAGCUGGUUCAGUCUUCGGUCCUGACCAGCCCAUAAACCUUCACCUUCUGGACAUCCCAAUGAUGAUGGACGUCCUCCAGGGAGUUGUCAUGGAGCUCCAGGAUCUCGCACUUCCUCUCUUGAGACAGGUUGUUCCUACUGCUGAUCCUGCUGUAGCCUUCAAGGACGCAGCAGCUGCAUUUUUAGUGGGUGCAAUGCCCAGGAAACAGGGAAUGGAACGCAGGGAUCUUCUCUCCGCUAAUGUCAAGAUUUUUAAGAUUCAGGGCGAAGCUCUGGACAAGUACGCUCGCAAAAACGUAAAAGUCCUGGUCGUUGGCAACCCAGCGAACACAAAUGCCCUCAUCUGCUCUCACUAUGCCCCGUCCAUCCCGAAGGAGAACUUCACCGCGAUGACGAGACUCGAUCAGAACCGAGCACAAGCUGCGCUGGCCACUCGUCUGGGGGUUCAGGUUGACAAAGUACAGAAUGUCAUCAUCUGGGGCAAUCACAGCUCCACCCAGUUUCCAGACGCCUUUCACGCGACUGUCAACGGCAAACCUGUUCCAGCAGCUGUCAAUGAUGACGCCUGGCUGAACGAAGUAUUCGUGGAGACCAUUCAGAAAAGGGGGGCGGCUGUCAUCGCAGCCAGGAAAAUGUCAUCUGCAAUGUCUGCUGCCAAGGCAGCUGGGGACCACAUGAGGGACUGGUGGAUGGGAACCAAACCUGGACAGUGGGUCUCCAUGGGAGUUCUGUCUGAUGGAAGUUAUGAAAUGCCAAAGGGCGUUGUUUUUUCAUUCCCUGUCACCAUUAACAACGGAAAGUUCGAGAUUGUUCAGAAUCUGCCGAUCAAUGAGUUCGCAAGAGGCAAAUUAAAUGCAACAGCUAAGGAACUCGAGGAAGAGCGCGUUGAUGCUCAUUCAGUCCUCAUGGAAUGACUAUCCAGCCCCCCGUCCUCCACCCACUCACGAGCAGACACUAAAUCUCGACUGUAGGUUGAAAUGGAACAAUAAGCACCUGUUAACAUCAUCAAGAUUAAUGUUUAGCUGAUAUAUGUCUAUAGAUGACGUCUGCCCUGAAUUCUGCAUUCGUCGAGUUGUUAUCGUUCUAUUGAAAAGAAUAUAUCUACAUAUGCCAAUACUGGGAAAUUAUAAUAAAUAUAGGAGGAUGAAACAAGGUAUCAAAAAUUGAAA